AUGGCAUAUCAGCAACGUGCGGCGCGGCCGGCGCCGACCAGACAGUACGGAGGCCAGGCUGCCGAUCCUGCCGGCUACGGACAAGAUCCUUAUUCCGGCAGCGGUGGCUACGGCGGCCAGGACUAUGGAUAUGGCGAUGCGGGCUACGAUGAUGGGUCAUACAAUUAUCCGUCCUCCACCUCCAGCCUGCAGUCUCAGCCGCGGUCGACGCGUGGGGGAUAUGGACCGCCGCCGCCUGGUGCCCCAGCUCCGGGGUAUGGCCGGCCACCUCCUCGUGGCUAUCCCGGGGAUAGACCGCCAGCACAGAAACGCUCGAGAGCGCCGCCGGGUCCGCGUCCUCCGCCAGGCGAGAACUUCGACAACCCCUUCCCGUCCUUCCCUCCAACCCCACAAGAUCGACGCGGUCUGCCGCCCCGUGGCCCUUCGCUGGAGAAAGGCAUGGCGCAGAUGGAUAUCAACGGCAGAGGGCCCCCGGGUCGGCCACCUCCCGGCUCGAGACGACCAGAUAUGCGGGCGCCUCCUCCGCGCGGGCCGCCGCCGAGUGCCAGCCGUGGCCCUCCUUAUGGACCUCCCGGAAGGUCAGGCAGGUCAGGGCCUGAACGAUCCUUUACAGACCCGAACGGGAUGCCCCCGCCAGGCCGAAGCGCAACGAUGCCGAACCGAGGACCGCCGAUGGGCCCGGGGGGCAUGUACCCUGGCCAGGCGAGCUACAUGGAACCCGAUUACCCAUCAAGCCCCAUGGGUGAGGUCCAGCCACCACGACCGAGCACAGCUAGUGGUACACGACCGGGACGAAUGGAUAUGGGGCUGAUGGCCCCUCCUCCUGAUCCCACCCAUCGAGUGUCCUAUGCACCCAAGGAGUUCUUAGAGUCCUACUUUGAAGGAGGGACGCCAGGCGAAGAAUCAGACAUGCCGAAUUUUGAUGCCAUCCCGGCAGGACAGCAGAACGGCCCGAUUGAUGAGAUGGGACUGGAGGCACCCAGGAGCAAGGCACAAAUCCCGGCCUCCGCUUCGGGGGGUCAGUACUCCGCGUACGAUCCGAAUUCCGCUGCGUCUCAGCCUCCACGUUCCAAGUCGCAACCCAACCUCCGCCAAAACGAUGCCCCGAAUCAGUUCGAAAACGCCGGUUUUCAAUUCGAUAUCCCUAGUGAAGCUCCACCCGUUCCUCCCCAACAGGAGAAUGUGGGAUAUCAGUCUCCUGGUGGAUAUCCCAACGGCCCUCCUCCACUUCGAACAAACCAACCGGCAGCGAUGCCGGAGCCUCAGAACCCAGAUGCCUUGCCCUCGCAUCCAACCCCAUUCAGACCCGGCCUCGACCAAAAGCCAGCACCUGUGCGGCAGUACACCAAUGCUCCCACUCCUGCGCCCGCGGCUCCACAACCCGUGCCUCCAGAUGGAACGCCCGCAGCGUCUACACCUGUUACUCACGAGGAGCUGCAGCGGUUGCAGCAGCAAGCGAGAGGCAAUCCAUCAGAUCUCAAGACACAGCUUCUCCUAGCCAAGAAACUCGUGGAGGCGGCCACUGUCCUGGUUGAUGACAACAGCCGACUGGACCCUAAAAUGAAAGCCAGGGCCAAGGAGAAGUACAUCCUGGAUGCUCACAAAAUCAUCAAGAAACUCGCCUCGGGUGGAUACUCCGACGCACAGUUCUAUCUUGCAGAUUGCUACGGUGAAGGCCUGUUGGGUCUCGAGCCAGACCCGAAAGAAGCAUUCCAGCUGUACCAAUCUGCCGCCAAAGCAGGCCACGCGCAAUCUGCCUAUCGUGUCGCGGUCUGCUGUGAGAUUGGAGCCGAGGAAGGCGGCGGAACUAAACGCGACCCCUUCAAGGCCGUGCAGUGGUACAAGCGCGCCGCCACACUAGGCGACACGCCCGCCAUGUACAAGAUGGGGAUGAUCCACCUGAAGGGCCUACUGGGACAAGCGCGCAGUCCCCGCGAGGGAAUCUCAUGGCUGAAACGCGCGGCCGAGCGCGCAGAUCCCGAAAACCCACACGCGCUGCACGAACUGGCCCUCAUGUACCAAAGCGCCGGCAGCAACGACAUCGUCAUCCGCGACGAAGAGUACGCCAGCCAGUUGUUCCACCAAGCCGCCGAACUGGGGUACAAGUUCUCGCAGUUCCGUCUGGGCACCGCGUACGAGUACGGACUGAUGAACUGCCCCGUCGAUAACCGCAUGAGUAUCAUUUGGUAUACCCGUGCCGCGGCGCAGGGCGAACACCAGAGCGAACUCGCGCUGAGUGGAUGGUAUCUUACUGGUUCUGAGGGGAUCCUGCAGCAGAAUGACACGGAAGCGUAUCUCUGGGCACGCAAAGCUGCCACGGCGGGUUUGGCGAAGGCCGAGUAUGCCAUGGGUUAUUUCUCGGAGGUGGGUAUCGGCGUGCAGGCUAAUCUGGAUGAUGCGAAGAGGUGGUACUGGCGUGCAGCAGCGCAAGGAUUUCCCAAAGCCCGCGAGCGCCUCGAAGAUCUUAAGCGGGGUGGCCGGAUGCAAAAAACUCGCCUCUCGCGCUCGGCUGUCAAUAAGCAGAGUGAUGGUGAUUGUGUCCUGAUGUAA